GCAUUCAAUGAUAUAAGUUACUCGAUACUACAGAUUAACAAAAAAAAAAAAACAAUUAUCAGUGAUGAAAACAUAACCAUGUGCAACAUUAGACUUGUGUUGUUCAUAACGAAGCACUUUAAUUCUAUCUCCAGUUGGCAUGUGACCAUAAUCAUCUUACUCAAAGGCACGUAAGUUAAAUACAAAUCUAAGCUAAAAAUAUAUUUGAUUCAAUAAUUGGACCGACGUUGGACUGAAUUGUAAUAAAGAUUUUGUUAAUAGAAGGAAAUAAAAACAAAAUUGGUGUAUUCGUGGGGCUGACUUUUUCAAGUAACUGUGUAACGAUUUCGUAUCAAUUUAAGAUUUUUGGAGUGAAAAUGACUUAUCUCGAGACAAAGACAGCAGUUAGGGGAUAAUUAAAGUUAAAAUUAAAAAGGAAAUAAUUCAGGGAUAAAUCUGUAAUUACAUGUACUUGCUUAAAACUUAAAACCCAAAUUAAUAAUUAUGAGAUCCAACGACGGUAAAUCACUCUCUCUUGUAAUCUCAACGGCUAUGGUUUGUGGCGUAUUCACUGAUAUAAAAGAUCGUCCCCGUCAUUAGAAAAGCCUUCCUUUUUCUUUUUUUCCCAUUUUCUUCUCCUUCAUGAUCUUUUAUUGGUUUUCUCUUCGUUUUAUAAAAUCUUCAGCCUUAGGGCAGAAUAAAUCGUAGAUCAGAUCAAAUAAUAGGGUUUCUCUGGGUUUUCUCAGAAACCAUAGAGCCCGAUAGUUACUUCCUACUCACUCAACCUAUCUCGCUAUCGAUCAUGAAAUCAAACGAUGAGGAGAGUGAGAUACGAAGCUAGCAAAACAAAGAUCAUAGAGAGGUUUUUGGAAAGGAGAAAGAUUCGUUGUUUAAUUGAGGCUCUCAAGUCUCUCAAGAGAGACAAAAAUGGCGUCUUCAAGCUCUCCUUGCGCAGCUUGUAAAUUCUUGAGAAGAAAAUGCACACAAGAAUGUGUAUUCGCUCCAUAUUUCCCACCAGACCAACCUCAGAAAUUCGCAUACGUUCACAAAGUCUUUGGGGCAAGUAACGUGGCUAAGCUUCUCAACGAGCUUGCCUCUAACCAUAGAGAAGACGCAGUAAACUCUCUAUUCUACGAAGCAGAAGCUCGACUACGUGAUCCGGUUUACGGUUGCGUCGGUUUAAUCUCAAUCCUUCAACACCGUCUUAAACAGCUGCAACAAGAUCUUGAAAACGCCAAGAAAGAGCUUGCUACGUACGUUGGUCCUCAAGCUAUGCUUCCUAUUCUCCAACCGCCUCAACCGCAUUUCAUGUCUCCACCGCCGCAACCGCAACGACCAUCUUCUUCUUCAGCGUCUGUGUUGACUCAGCAUCAACAUAACUUGUUGCCAAUGAUGGGUAUUCCAACCGGACAAUUGUACCAUCAACAGCAACAACAGAUCUUUGAGGCUCAGCAGUUAGCAGCGGUUGCGAGAGAGCAACAAAAUGAGAUGUUUAGAGCUUAUGGAGGAGGAGGAAGUAGUAGUCCACACCAUCAAAACCAAGCUCAAGCUGAGAUUUUGAGGUUUAACAAUGGGUUUGACUCUGUACCGGCCGGUUCAGUUACGGUUACUGGGUUUAAUCAGUUAAGCUCCGGUGGUACAGCGGUAACCGGAAUGUCUCUUGGAGGUAACUUUGUUGAUAGUCCUUCGACGAAUAAUAAUUACCAUACGGAUCAGCAGUUACACCAUCAUCAUCAACAGCAACAACAUCAUGAGGCUCAACUAUUCAUACCUACACAAUCUUCUCAGCCGCUACCGCUUCAAACGCAGGAGACGCAAACGCUGACGCAGCCGAAUUCAGAGAGCGAGGAGGGUAGAAGGAGUGUCAUUGGUUAAUCUCGCUAAUUGAGGAGUAAUAAAAAAAGAUACGGCCUUUGACCUUCUCGCUUGCUCGAUAAACUCUAAACAAAUUUCCUAAGUUGGAAACUCUGACUUUGCUCAAGGCAUUAUGGACGCAAUCGAGUUUUUCUUUCUUCCUAAUUUUGUCGGCACUUCCAAAAGCGAAAAGACACCCACCACGUAAAAGUCAAACGACUCACAAAGAAGUCACCGUUAUUUGGUUGAUUUUUGUGUCCCGCAGACAGUUUUGGUGACGAGUAUAAAGUAUAAACCAAAGGCUCGUAUCAAAUUGAAUUGAACAUGAUCUCCACUCCAUCCCCGAAACAAAUACUACUUUUUCUUUUUCUUGUAUCUUCCUAUUACUAUUUUUUGACAUUUCUUUUGGUUUAAGUAGAAAAGGAGAAAUUAGUGUUUUUGGUUGCAAAUCUAUCUGUAAAUUAGAUGUCAAGAGAAGGGUUACUUGCCCGAGUGGCUUAUCACAUAUCCGAUGUCAAUCGGAAAUAUUAAAUAAAAAGUUUGAAUAAUC